AAAUAAACUACAGCAAGAUGUAUAAAGAACUGAUACUUGUGACCAUCGCCUGCCUGACAACCUCCAUCCUGGCAGCUCCUGCUCCAGAACCCGCUCCAGAACCAGCUCCCGCUCCCGCUCCUUCCCCCGGCAUUGGAUACGGAAUUGGACAUGGCUACGGUGGAUAUGGCCUGGGAUUAGGUCUAGGAAUUGGGCACUAUGGAGGUCACUAUGGGGGUCACUACGGCGGCUAUGGUGGACACUUUGGAGGAAUCGGAUUGGGCUACCACGCACCCAUCAUCUCCAAGACGAUCAUCGGCAAGAGCUACCUGGGCGGCUAUGGUUAUGGCCUGGGUCACGGAUACCUCGGAGGCUACGGACAUGGACUGUACGGUGGACAUGGUCUGGGUCUGGGAUAUGGACUGGGAUAUGGCUACGGUCAUGGUUGGUAG